AAAAUUCCCAAAGAGGUACUAUACAUUUAUAUAUUAGCUCUCAUAAACCCUAAUUUGGAGCCACCCCUUUGUUCUUAAACCCUAAAACUUAGAAGAGAGCUCCAAUGGAUUCUGUAAGCAAUAAUGAGAUUGAGAAUUCAGCAAGCUAUGGAAAAAAUCCAUCAAAGAUCAAAUUUCAGUACGAGGAUGAUGAUGAACAAGUAGUACAAGAUGAAACUGUUACGGAAAGCUCGAAUAAUCUUGAAGUGGAUGAAGAUAUCUCCAUGUGUGACCCCACCACCGCUGCCGCCGUGGAUGACUCGACGGUCGGCGGUGAUAAGACCAGCGCUGACUAUUAUUUCGACUCAUACUCACAUUUUGGUAUUCACGAAGAGAUGUUGAAGGAUGUGGUAAGAACUAAGACUUACCAAAAUGUAAUCUAUAAAAAUUCCUUUCUUUUCAAGGAUAAAGUGGUCCUUGAUGUGGGAGCUGGGACAGGAAUUCUGUCACUCUUUUGUGCUAAAGUUGGUGCCAAACAUGUUUAUGCGAUCGAAUGCUCCAGUAUGGCUGACAUGGCACAAGAAAUUGUUAAACUCAAUGGAUUUUCUGAUGUUAUAACGGUUAUCAAGGGAAAGGUAGAGGAGAUUGACCUACCCGUUCCACAAGUGGAUAUAAUAAUCUCCGAGUGGAUGGGAUACUUUCUUCUGUACGAGAACAUGUUAGAUACAGUCUUGUAUGCUCGCGACAAGUGGCUGGUAAAGGAUGGUCUUGUUCUGCCGGAUAAAGCUUCUCUUUGUUUGACAGCUAUUGAAGAUGCUGAUUACAAAGAAGAUAAGAUUGAAUUUUGGAAUAGUGUGUACGGUUUCGACAUGAGCUGUAUACGAAAGCAAGCUAUGAUGGAACCUAUUGUUGACACAGUAGAUCAGAAUCAGAUUGUUACAAACUGCCAGUUACUGAAGACGAUGGACAUUUCUAAGAUGACUUCUGGGGAUGCUUCCUUCACAGCUCCAUUUAAGCUCAUUGCAGAACGUGAUGAUUACAUCCAUGCCCUUGUAGCAUACUUCGAUGUCUCUUUCACUAAGUGUCACAAGUUGUUGGGCUUCUCAACAGGGCCCAAAUCUCGAAGCACACAUUGGAAGCAAACAGUUCUCUACCUGGAAGAUGUGAUAACUGUUUGCCAAGGGGAAGCUGUAGUUGGAAGCAUGACUGUGGCUCCUAACAAGAAAAAUCCUCGAGAUGUCGAUAUAAUGCUCAAAUACUCUGUAAAUGGUAAACACUGCCGCGUUUCAAGAACUCAGUAUUAUCGGAUGAGAUGAUGCAUUCAAGUUGAAAAUGACAGAUGAGUGAAUUCCUGCGUUGUCCGCGCCUUUCGGGAUAUACAGGAACUGAUAACAUUUCUACCUGCUUCCCAAAGGCAAUCAAUGGUAAAUGUAUUCUCUGUUUAUUUUCCCCAUCAAACUGUAUUAUUUUUCUUUCUAUUUGCUUAGUUAUACAACUAAGAAAUUCAUUUGUUGCAUUAUCUGAUGCUUGAGGCCAAAGAGGCAAUUGUAACUUAUAUUUUUGUAUUAUUAUUAUAAAAUGAUGUUCCUUGUUUAUGAUACUCUA